GAAUGUGAGCGCCUGCCCUGCACCCCCGUGUUCCACCGAGGGCACCUGCAGGCAGGGGCAGUGCAGAUCUCUCCUGCUGCAGCAAGGGCCAGGUAUCGACAGCAUGCAGCUGCUGCCAUUCUGCAUGGAGCUGGCCAGCCACAGGAAUGGCCAUGAGCACUACUAACCACAGGCCUGCAGACUUUGGCUGCAUCUCCAGAGACACGCCCCAAUUCCUGGCUGCUUCUCCUCCCCAGCUGCCCAGCUGGCCCCUGCACAGGGCAGACGGUCGCCAUGGGGGAGUACUACAAACUGCUGGAACUUCCCCAGGACGCCUCUGACGAGGACAUCAAAAAGGCGUACAGGAAGGCAGCGAUGAGAUGGCACCCGGAUAAAAACCCAGAGACCGAGCAAUACGCCGAGCGGAAGUUCAAAGAAAUAACAGAGGCGUAUGAAGUGCUGUCAGACAAGAGCAAGCGCGACCUCUACGACCGCUACGGCAAGGACGGGCUCACGGGGGCAGCAGGGCCUGGGGGGUCGAGGGCUGAAGAUGGAGCCCCUGGAUUUACUUUCAACUUUGCCGUCAUCCGUGACAUCCUCAGAGAGUUCUUUGGGGGACGAGAUCCUUUCUAUGCCCGUAACUCCUGCUUGAGCCACAGCAUCUCAUUUACAAAAUAUCCAGUUAUGACAAAAAUGGCAAGUGAUGGAAAAUCCACCCCAGCCCCAGGUGUGACUGGAGCUGAGAGAAGCAACACGGAAGCAGCAAGGAACGAAUCCCACCCUGGAUACGAGUCGCAUGAAGCAGGCAAUGACUUGCAUGGGGGAUAUGAGUUUUAUGAUGGGUGGAACAAGCAUGAGGGAUAUGAGCCGCAUGGCGCAUGGAACGAGUCACAUUAUGAGUUUGAGUCUGCUCCUGGAUGCAAGUCACAUGAGGAGUAUGUGUUGUAUGAUGGGUGGAAUAACACACCAGACAGACAGGAGACGAUGCCUGGAUACGAGAUGCACGAGGCGUAUGCGUCGUACGAUGGAUGGAACAAUGCACAAGACAGACAGGAGACAACGCCUGGAUACGAGAUGCACGAGGCGUAUGCGUCGUACGAUGGAUGGAACGAUUCGCCAGACAGACAGGAGACCACACCUGGAUACGAGAUGCACGAGGCGUAUGCGUCGUACGAUGGAUGGAACGAUUCGCCAGCCAGACAGGAGACCACACCUGGAUACGAGAUGCAUGAGGCGUAUGCGUCGUAUGGUGGAUGGAACAAUACACCAGACAGAGACAGGUCAGCUUCUGUAUAUGAGCCGCAUGCUGGAUGGAGCAGGGGACCAGACAGACCUGAGGCAGCUCCUGGAUACAGGUCACAUGAGGAGCGCGCACUGUAUGAUGAGUGGAGCGGGGCACAAGACAGACCUGACUCGGCUCCUGUGUACAAGCUGCAUGCUGGAUGGAACAAGUUGCAAGCUGGACGCAACGAAGCAGCUGCUGGGUGGAAAGAGUCGGCUGCUGGCUAUGCCCCAGCUCCCAGAUACCUGUCACCUUAUGAGUGGAACAGGUCAGCAGCCAGCUGCACCAAGGCGGCUGACAGGAGCAGUGAGCUGGCUGCUGGGUGGAACAAGCCAAUUGCGGAUGGGAAGAGUCGACCCCCAACUGAAACGAGGGUGCUCCCAGGUGGAAGGAGGCUGCUCCUGGGUAAAUCGAAGACGAGGCAAUCAGAUGGAAUGGACAAGCUCCUGGAUGGAAUGAAGAAGCUCCUGGACGGAACCAAGAAGCUCUUGUGUAGGCGGAGCGAGCUCCAAGGAGGAACAAGUCCAGUCCCACCAGGAGAAUCACAGCUCUUCUCUGAAGGAGCUAGUCAGCUGCUCCCGGAAAUAACCCGCUGGCCGCAGGCUGAAAUGAAUCAGUUACAAGGCAGGACAAGGCAGGUAUUGCAUGCAACCAGUCAGCUCCCAGAUGUCACCGGUCGACUGCAGGAUGAAACGAUACAGAUACAGCCGCUCACAGAUACAGCCAAUCCGCUUCUGAGUGCAAGAUGCAGCCUGCUACACGGAACAAGUCGGUGCCCAAACGUAAUCGGUCAGCCCCAGGGGGGAGUAAGUCGGCUCCCAGACAUAACCAGUCAUCUCCUAGGCAGAACGAGCAGGUUCCCAGUCAGAAGCCACCUUGGUGUCCAGUCCUCUGAUUCCAGCUGUUCCCGUAACUCCUUUAUCACCAGGCUGGGGAGAAUGCUGUGAACGCCAGGAUCCACUGGGAGGGAGGUUUCCAGAGGCCGCUGGCAGAGCAGGCCAGGGGCUGUUCAGUAAAGACUGGGACCAGA